CGGUAGCAUGUGAAUAAAAUAAUAAAAUUUUGAGUUGCGAUUUUCAAAAAAAAAAAACACUAAUUCACCAAAAUGACUGAUUCCGAUGAAAAAAAGUCCUUGAAUUUCCAUCAUAUGGAACUCGAUGACAGAAUACUGAAGGGAAUCGCAAAGCUGGGCUGGCUCUGUCCAACAUUGAUCCAGGAGAAAGCUAUUCCGUUGCUAUUGGAAGGGAAAGACGUUAUGGUGCGUGCCCGUACGGGCUCAGGUAAAACGGCCGCAUUCUCAAUACCAAUCAUACAGAAAAUCCUCAAACAUAAACAAGAUGCGAAGGAACAGCAGACGUCGGUGGUUAUUUUGGCCCCUAGUAAAGAUCUCUGUCAUCAGAUAGCAAAGGUCAUUGAAGACCUUACGAUUAAGUGCGGCCGUUUAGUGCGAUGCGUAGAUUUGUCAACCAAAGUCGAUAAGGUGGCCUUGAAGCACAUGCUUGCGGAACGUCCAGAUAUAGUGGUAUCAACUCCGGCGAAACUGGUUGCUCAACUUCAGGAAGGAAAUAUUACCGUAAAAGAUAGCUUACAGACUCUGGUGGUGGACGAAGCGGAUCUGAUGUUUUCUUUUGGGUUUGAAAACGAUUUAAAAGCAGUACUGGAUUUCUUUCCUAGCGUGCAUCAAUCAAUCUUGGCCUCAGCAACGCUAGAAAAGGACGUACUUGAGCUGAAGAAAAUUAUCCUGCACAAUCCGGUGAUUUUGAAGCUUGAGGAACCUGAGAUGGCUCCCGCAUCGCAGCUUGCUCAUUAUCACAUAUUGGCUGAAGAGGUUGAAAAAGCGGCAGUUCUGUAUACACUAUUCAAGCUGCAGCUCGUCAAAGGAAAGAGCAUAAUCUUCGUCAACUCUAUUGAUCGAUGUUACAGGCUGAAACUUUUCCUGGAGCAGUUCAGCAUAAGGUCUUGCAUAUUGAAUUCAGAGCUGCCAGCAAAAAUAAGAUGUCACACUGUGAAUCAGUUCAAUCAGGGUCUUUACGACAUUAUCAUCGCGUCGGAUGAACUGCACGUGCUGGAUCCAUCGGUUAACGAGAAAAAGGGAGACAAGAAGAAAAUGAUGAAGCAAAUAGCCAAACAAGUUGAGUCAGAGGCCGGCGUGUCUCGGGGAAUCGACUUUCAGUUUGUGUCCAACGUGAUCAACUUUGACUUCCCGAAGGAUGUCAAUGUUUAUAUACACAGGGCGGGAAGAACUGCUCGUGGUAAUAACACCGGAAGCGUUUUGUCUUUGGUUUCUGUCGAAGAAAAGGAAAUAAUGGACGCCGUGGAGGAUCAUUUGAAUCCAGGCCACCAGGAGGGUGAUAAAGUUCUAAAGAGCUACCAAUUUAAAAUGGACGAAGUUGAACCCUUCCGCUACAGAGCUAGAGAUGCUUGGAGAGCUGUCACUAAAUUUUCGAUUCGUGAAGCCAGAAUAAAGGAAAUAAAAACGGAAAUGUUCAACUCGGAGAAGCUUAAGAGCUUUUUUGAGGAAAACCCCCGCGAUUUACAGGCCUUGCGACACGAUCGCACACUUCAUACGGUGAAAAUACAGGAACAUCUCGGCGAUGUACCGGAAUACAUCGUUCCAGAUUCGUUGAAGCACGUGACAGGCAUCACAACCCGACGAAAGAAGAGUUUCGUACCGAAGAAGCGAAAAUCAGACGACAAAUCUAACAAUCCUUUAAUGGUCGAAGGGAUCGAUUAUGGAAAACAACGGCGUGUUUGAAAUAAAAAGCGUUUCUUAUCACUCUAA